CCAGUGUAGAGCCAUUUUGGGGUAACCUGAAACAUUAGAAUACCAGGAAAACGAGAUUUCUAUUGCAUAACGUGUGCUCGUUAGUUCAUAUACACCUUGGGCAAUUAUAAAAAGGCUUCACGUCCACUCAUGCAGAGCCACUUGGUACAGCUUACACAGUCGCCUAGCGAUUUAUUGUUUAAUCACCCACACCCGACCUUCGAACCAGCACAGACUCAUACAAUUUACCGCUCAUGCUGUUUGACUGGACCAGUGUGAAUGCCCGUCUACAGUGUGUAGAAACGUCAUUGCAGCUGGCCAGGACGGUGCUUAUCCGAUGUAGAGCUUUUCCAAGGUAUCCAGGUACUCGUAUCUGCUCACAUGCGGUUAAUUUCCCCUCUGUCCUUGGAACAUGGGGUUGCAAAGAAACUGGUUUCGACCCCUGAAGUACCUUGGCUGCUGCGUCCUCGUCUACUAUGUGAUCCAGCAAAUGCUGAAUCAACCAUGUUUAAUGGACACCAACUUCUUACGAUCUUAUCCGAAGUUUACCGGAGAUGCCCGAGUACCUCCGGACGUGACGGUAGUAACUGCUUUCUUCAACCUUGGUAACUUCAAGAAAGGAAAAGAUGCGGUGUUCGGCCCCACGCUGUAUCUGGAGUGGGCCGCGGUGUACAAGCAUCUCAUGAACCCACUGGUUGUAUACACGGACUCGGACCAGUUUGUCAGACUGUUCACCGACAUGCGACAACACCUGAUGAACAUCACAAAAAUCAUCAAGAUUGAAAAGAACCAGCUGUGGGCUUUUGACCAUUUAGACAAAGUCCGUGACAUUUAUUCCGACCCGAACUAUCCGAAAUACCAACCAAAUACAGUUGUUCCAGAAUACCCCUGUGUUCAGAAUGCAAAGUACGCCUGUGUUGAGAAAGCCAUAGAGAGUGACGUCUUCCAUACCAAAUAUUACAUGUGGCUGGAUGUGGGUUACUUCCGGUUAAUCACAGGCAGGAAGAGGAAUUUCCGGUUAACUCUUCCACGAGACUUUGACGAGAAAAAAAUAGCCAUCAAUAAAGUGACUCGAUAUUCUUUGGAUGAACUACCAGAAGACAUUUUCAAAAAACAAUACGUGUGGGUGGGAGGGGGCCUUGUCGUCGCCGAGAGAGGUGUGUUUCGCCAGUUUGUGAAGGAAUACAGAAGGGCAGUGGAGCAUUACUUGGACUUGAAGCUGAGCAACUCGGACCAGCAGGUUCUGUUUGCGAUGUACUCAAAAGCGGAAGUGCGCUUAAAACCUACCGUGCAACUACAACCAUAUUCAUCUCAUUGGUAUGGGGACUGCUGGUUCUAUCUAGGGUAUCUGUGCUACGGAGAGCUUUUACAUUUUUGGGAAUGACUUGAGUCAAAUGUGUUGACCCUUGACGAGACUAACAAAGGACUUGUAAGAAAAAAUGACUUGAAUCAAAUGUGUUGACCCUUGACAAGUCCAACCAAGGACUUGUAAGAAAGAAUCACUUAAAUCAAAUGUGUUGACCCUUGAUGAGUUUAACACAGCUAAUAAGACCUGAAUGCCAAUCACGUGUAUUGUGCGGCAUUUUCUUUUACUGAAGAAACCACGUUGGUUACAGACGGUGAAUUACACAGCGAGUUGUACCAGCCGGGCCCACGUAUGUCAUUAACUCAGCCUGUUGUAAGAAUAGACAGACCAGAAAGUCAGUUCACAGAGGACAACAGAGGGAUGCAUGGUCGCUAGUUUGUUUAACGAGACCAUCGAUCUUAUCUUGAAUUCUAUUACUCUUUUGUAAUGUGGUUAAUACAGUUCAGAUUACUGUGAAGCUAUUCACGGAGGGAACGUGUCUGUAUGACAUUAUUCCCAGAGACAGACAAAGCCACACACCACGACUCGCAUACCAUGAUAAAUAUCUUGGCAAUAACUCACUUCUACCUGCUGAACGUUUUGUGAAAUAAAAUGUAUUUAUUCGUUAAAAGUCUGUUCAAUCCUUUGAGGUAAA